AGGGCUUCUUGAUACAAAGUUUUUAAGAGAUCUCUUUAUAUCCUCGCGACGGCGAAUUCGCUCGACUCUCUCUGUGGACGGCGGCUAGUUUCAACCAACAGAUUCGAGAAUGCCUAAGCAAAUCCACGAGAUCAAGGACUUCCUUCUGACAGCUAGAAGGAAAGAUGCACGAUCUGUGAAGAUCAAGAGAAGCAAGGAUAUUGUCAAGUUUAAGGUCAGAUGCUCGAGGUACCUCUACACGCUCUGCGUCUUUGACCAAGAGAAAGCCGACAAGCUUAAGCAGUCUCUUCCUCCAGGUUUGAGUGUACAAGACCUUUGAAGAUGAAGCAAAGUUCUUCUGCAGAUUGGAGUUCCUUUGGUGACGAAUCCUUUGCAUCAUUUUAUAAUUUCCUUAGGAGAGUUUAUUUUGUGUCGUUAAAUUUAUGUUGAGACUUUUCGAGUUUGAGUGUGUUUUGGAUUUAAUUCAGUUUGAAAAACCAAAUACGUUCUCAACUCUGGAUUCAAUUUGGAUUUUUAUUUUCAGACUUGAGAGUUGGUACCUUCUCCAUCAUUUAUAAUAACAAUCACAUUCAUUAAAUGAAUCAUAACCAAAUUACUCCUUGAUCUUAGCACUAACUACGAUUUUAGGUUAUAUACUUU